UUAAAAGCCAAGAUGGAAGUCGUCUGCGAAGAAAAGGAAAAACGAGAUAUAGAAAAUAAAUCCUCUUACGAAGGAAAUAAAACAGAAAACGAAAGUGUUAUCGUUAGUCCGUACGAAAAGAAGUAUUAUGCCUUGUUACGGCGAUGUCAGAACGUUCAACAGAACAAUGAAAGAUUGUUGAAUAGAAUCUGUUAUGUGAAAAAACUGCUAAGAAGAUUAAGAAAAGAAAGAAGGUUUCUGAUGAAAAAGUUAGACAAAUAUGGUGAUGAUUAUAAGAAUAUUCCCCUAGCUCUUUUUACAGAGGAAGAAGGUUCUGCUACGUGUCCUGUUUCUUCUACUAUAUCUUCAAAUGAAACUAUUAUUCCUUCAGCAAAUAAUUUUAUUUCUCACCCAUCAACUGUAACUACUCAGUUUACAAAUAAACAUAUAACACCUAAUAGUUGUCAUACAGUUAGCAAAAAGAAACCAAGACAAGAAAAAGAAAAAGAUCCCAAUGCUCCAAAAAGACCUGCAAAUCCAUUCUUUUUGUUUUGUCAAGAACAACGUUCAUCAGUCAUGGAAAAAUAUCAGCAAGAACAAAAGGAAGAAAUAACACAUCAAGAAUUAACAAAAACAUUAGCAAAGAAUUGGAAUAAUCUAUUGGCUGAAGAUAAAAAACCAUCAAGGGCAACAGUAUAUUAUGAAAUGUAUGAAAAGGAGAAAGAAAGAUAUGAACAAGAAAUGAAAAUCUACACAGAGAAAGAAAAUCCAUCAAAUGAUAAACUGUGACUAAUGAUUUUUCUGUAUAUAUGUGAAUAAAUUAUAGUUCAAAUUUUACAAAUUAGGACAUUUCAUUUUGAAAUACAAUGGUAGUAAAAGCAAUUUUUAAUUGUUCACAUUUACACAUUUUACAAU